AGUGCGGGCGGGCGCGCCGCCAAAAAGAACUUUCUGUACUCUGGCGUAGGCAAAUGUCAUUGCGGUGGAAUCUGCCACUACAACGGUCUCGCGAGCAUUAAGCGACCUGUCCCAGAAUUCUAGAGAAACGUUUUUAGAGGCCUCGGGAUUGCUGCUUACCUACGUGUGUAAUAUCACCAGAAAAGAAAAGUGCGGCUCUGAAGGAGUCUUCGCAUAGACUAAUUACGUCAGUCAGGACAAAAAAUACAUCCCUUUUUUGGUACAUCACCAGAGGAUUGGGGAAACCUCCCCUACCCCUAACUAAUCAGGGGAAACACAUCUUACUUUUCCUAAGGAGGCAUCAAUUGAACAGCUAUGCAGAAUUUGAAAUCUAAUUGCUGGAAAAAAGAAUAGCUGAAUAAAUGGAUCAGAUCAAAUGAGAUCCUCUGGAAAGAUAACAAAUACACAGCCUACUACUGACACCAAAUUAGACACAAAUACUCAGUCUGCUAUCAUGACAACCGACUCAAUUUUCUUGAAGACACUUCAGUCAAAUUUUUUGCAUGUAAUGGCAUAUGAAAACCCAAGUUUACAAAAGAAAGCUUUGGCUUGUAUUCCACUCCAAAAUCUGAAAAAGCAAGCUCAGAAAAAGUUAUCACAAGCCCAAAAACUGGACAGAGAUUGCAUUCUGAGAGAAGAGGAUAUUCUUCUGGUGGAGUUAAUCAACUGGUUUAAAUGUAGCUUUUUCAAAUGGGUAGAUAACUUACCAUGUAGCAAAUGCAGGGGACAAACAGAAACUAAAGAUAAUUUGUUACCUAAUGAGGAUGACCUGAGAUGGGAUGCAAGUAGAGUUGAAAAUCACUUCUGUAACCAAUGCCAGUUCAGCAACAGAUUCCCAAGAUACAACAAUCCUGAGAAACUCCUGGAAACUAGACAAGGGCGUUGUGGUGAAUGGGCCAAUUGCUUUACACUUUGUUGUAGAGCAGUAGGAUUUGAAGCAAGAUACAUUUGGGAUGCAACAGAUCACGUAUGGACUGAAGUUUAUUCUGUAUCACAGCAAAGAUGGCUUCAUUGUGACUCUUGUGAAAAUGUCUGUGAUAAACCCCUUUUGUAUGAGAUUGGGUGGGGAAAAAAAUUGUCGUAUAUUAUUGCCUUUUCUAAAGAGGAGGUUGUUGAUGUCACCUGGCGUUACUCUUGUAAACAUGAAGAAUUGCUUUCUAGAAGGACACAGGUCAAAGAAACUGUGCUACGAGAAACAAUCAAUAAUCUUAACAAAAUUAGGCAGCAAAUAUUGAGUGAGGGAAGAAAACAUGAGCUCUUACAGAGACUUAUCGUAGAGCUUGUUGAGUUUAUUUCUCCCAAAACACCAAAGCCAGGAGAACUUGGUGGAAGAGUGUCUGGAUCAUUGGCUUGGAGAGUUGCCAGAGAUGAAAUUUCUUUGGAGAUUAAACAAGUAGUAUUUAUUCCAACUAUAAAAGAGAAAACUUCCAAGCUUUUUCACCUCAACUAUAAUAUAGUGGAAGAUUGUUACACACGGAUAUCAAAUAAUAAUGAAAAAAUCAAUGGUUGGGAGAAUGGUGUUUGGAAAAUGGACUCUUUAUGGAGAAAGAUUGAAUCAGAUUGGAAAAUGGUUUAUUUAGCUCGCAAGGAAGGCUUCUCAUCUGGCUACAUCUGUUGGAAGGUUGAAUGUGGCUCUGUUGGUCUAAAAAUAGACAACAUUUCAGUUAGAACAACGAACCAAACGUUUGAAAGUGGAAGAGUAAAGUGGACGCUGCACUCUGGAAGCAUUACAGUUGAUGUUAAUGGAGAUAAAAGGCUUCAUAUUUAUCCUGACAUUUCCAACACAACAAAUGUUAUGUUAGAAGCUGAACUAAGUGGCGGAGAUGGAAAUAUUGCAUGGCAACAUGCACAGCUAUUUAGACAAAGUUUAAGAGAGAUUGAAGAUUGUUUUGAGAUAAUUAUAAAAUUCAGUGAACUCUGAAUGUUAAAUUAAUAUUCUGAUGAAACAACAACUUCCAGGCAAAAUAUUUUUAGAAGUAAAUGGAUAGUAUAAAAACCCCUCAAUAUUCGUAUUUUCAGUAUCACUAUUGAAAACAAUCAGAAUUCGCUAAUAUGAAAUGCAGUAAAAUUCUAUAUUACUUUGUUUUCUUGAAAAAAAUGAAAAAUAUAUAUCAAAGGGGAAAAGGAUAUGAUUUUUUAUUAAUUCAGAAAGCAAUUCUCUGAAUACCUGUACAGAGGGAAACAAUUGAGAAAGAUGCUAAAUAAUCAUGCAUGGCAUCUCCUGCAUAUUCUUUCAAAUUUUAAAAUAGAAGUUAAUUUUUUUAAUCUGUAAAAGAAGUUUGAAAAAUUUGAAUGAAGAUUUUAGUGUUUUAAAUCUGGGUUCUGGAAUGUCAUUUAAAAAAACCAAGGUGUGAUAUUUUAACAUUUCUGUUUACUGUGAUUUUAUAGUAGACAGUUUAUUGCAUUAACACUAUUAAACUAAACUAGUAGAAGUAUA